CCAAACAAGAUCAGUGCGACAUUCAUAUAAAUUUCGUGUUUUGAAAACAAUGUAAAAGUGACAUGAACUCAAUUUAUUUAUGGUAGUGUUGUUCCGCCGUAGUUAUCCCUAAGUGUCUAUUGUGUUUGUGAAAAACGUAAAUAUUAAAAGUUGUGUAGAUACGUAGUUUAUUAUAAAGUACCAUGAUAUUUUCCCGGUAGAUAACCUUGAAUUAUUCCAAGAUUUGUUAUCCUAGGACCGAAUUUUUAGUUGUAAUAAAAUUGUACAUGAACCAUGUCUGCGGAGACUGAGCUGACAAUGCAGACAGGGCUCUCGCCAGUCCUACUGCCAGAUAUGACUGCUCUUAGUCUUAUCGGUCAUAGAACACAGGCAACGCAUCUUGCAGCUCAUCCACAACCUCCACAACAUCCCAGUAUGCAGCAAAAUCCCAACCGAAUGAAAAGGAACGCAAAAUCAGAACUGAACUGUGAGUUGUUUGAUCAACAGUUAUAGGAGAAUGGUUGAAAAUGUCAAACUUUCAUCAUAAAACAUUAGAAGAUUGUAACAUUAAUGGUUACCUAGACAAAAAACUUAAGUGAAAACUCUAUUACUUUUUGGAUAGUUUAUUGUCGAUGUUUGACAACGUUGUCCGUUGUCCAACACGGAGCACUCGCAGCUCAUGUUGACGUCAUGAUUGCAAAUGGCUGUCGUCUUUUGUAACUAGAUAGACAAUCUCUUCAAACAAAUAAUAGUGGUGUGUUUAGUGUGCUUGUGUAUUUAAUUUAUUUACAAUAUAUAGAAUAAAAAAUGUAUCCCGGAUCUGGAGGCCAAGCUUGGCAGACCAGUCCUCCUAGACAGACAAGCCCUACCUCACAAACCACAUUUGCAGAAUCAUUAGCAGCGGGUGCAUCAGGAACCUCUUUGGGCGCCACAAGUACUGCUGUUGCAGUUCCUGGCACAACCGGAGCUGUUGCUGCAGUAUCACCGCCAGUAGAGCCCCCGGUCUUUCAAUGUCCGAGAAGGCCAAAUUUAGGACGAGAAGGUCGACCUAUAGGACUCAAGGCCAACCAUUUUCAAAUCACAAUGCCUAGGGGCUUCGUACAUCACUAUGACGUUAAUAUUCAACCUGACAAAUGUCCUCGAAAGGUAAAUAGAGAAAUAAUUGAAACCAUGGUAAAAGCAUACGGCAAGAUAUUCGGCAACCUCAAACCAGUAUUUGAUGGUCGAAAUAAUCUAUAUACAAGAGAUCCAUUACCUAUCGGUAACUCGCGUGAAGAACUGGAGGUAACCCUACCAGGCGAAGGUAAAGACAGACUUUUUCGGGUGUCCAUCAAAUGGGUUGCCCAAGUGUCUCUUUACGGUUUGGAAGAAGCUCUAGAAGGCAGAACGAGGCAGAUACCAUUUGAAGCUAUUUUGGCUUUGGAUGUAGUUAUGAGGCAUUUACCUUCAAUGAGCUAUACACCUGUAGGGAGAAGUUUCUUUAGUAGUCCUGAAGGAUAUUACCAUCCUUUAGGUGGUGGUAGAGAGGUCUGGUUUGGAUUCCAUCAAUCAGUGAGACCUAGUCAAUGGAAAAUGAUGCUCAAUAUUGACGUAUCUGCAACUGCAUUUUAUAAAGCGCAACCUGUGAUAGAAUUUAUGUGUGAGGUUCUCGAUAUACGAGAUAUAAACGAACAAAGAAAACCUCUCACCGAUAGCCAACGCGUUAAAUUCACAAAAGAAAUUAAAGGAUUAAAAAUCGAAAUAACCCAUUGUGGAGCUAUGAGGAGAAAAUAUAGGGUGUGUAACGUUACUAGGAGGCCUGCGCAAAUGCAAUCUUUUCCACUUCAGUUAGAAAAUGGUCAAACUGUAGAAUGUACAGUGGCUAAAUAUUUCUUGGACAAAUAUAAAAUGAAAUUGAGAUAUCCACAUUUGCCAUGCCUCCAGGUUGGCCAAGAACACAAGCACACAUACUUACCAUUAGAGGUAUGCAACAUUGUUGCUGGACAAAGGUGUAUAAAAAAAUUAACGGACAUGCAAACGUCAACAAUGAUCAAGGCAACCGCUAGAUCUGCACCAGAUAGAGAACGAGAAAUAAACAACUUGGUUCGAAGAGCUGAUUUUAAUAACGACGAGUACGUACAAGAAUUCGGCCUGACCAUCAGCAACAACAUGAUGGAGGUCAGAGGGAGGGUUUUACCUCCGCCAAAAUUACAAUACGGCGGUAGGGUAGCCUCCCUCAGCGGACAGGUGGGCUGGCACAGCAAACAGCAAGCAAUGCCAAAUCAAGGUGUAUGGGAUAUGCGCGGUAAGCAAUUCUUUACUGGUGUUGAAAUAAGAGUUUGGGCUAUUGCCUGCUUCGCCCCUCAACGUACCGUCCGGGAGGAUGCCUUAAGAAAUUUUACUCAACAACUCCAAAAGAUAUCAAAUGAUGCAGGUAUGCCUAUAAUUGGUCAGCCAUGUUUCUGUAAAUAUGCUACCGGACCAGAUCAAGUUGAACCAAUGUUCCGUUAUUUAAAGUCCACCUUCCAGUCAUUGCAGCUUGUUGUAGUAGUUCUGCCAGGAAAGACACCAGUAUAUGCUGAAGUAAAGAGAGUGGGUGAUACUGUAUUAGGGAUGGCCACCCAAUGUGUUCAAGCCAAAAAUGUCAAUAAAACUUCUCCACAAACACUGUCCAAUUUAUGCCUGAAGAUUAAUGUUAAGUUGGGAGGUAUUAACAGUAUUUUAGUGCCAUCGAUUAGACCAAAGAUUUUUAACGAACCCGUCAUUUUCCUUGGCGCCGACGUCACUCAUCCGCCUGCUGGUGACAACAAAAAGCCAUCGAUUGCAGCUGUUGUUGGUUCUAUGGAUGCCCACCCAUCAAGGUAUGCAGCUACAGUAAGAGUGCAGCAGCAUCGACAAGAAAUUAUACAAGAAUUGAGUUCGAUGGUCAGAGAGCUCCUUAUCAUGUUUUAUAAAUCGACAGGUGGUUAUAAACCGCAUCGCAUUAUUUUAUAUAGAGAUGGUGUUUCCGAAGGACAAUUCCUACAACUAUUGCAACAUGAACUUACGGCUAUUCGAGAGGCUUGUAUAAAAUUAGAAUCGGAUUAUAAACCAGGUAUAACGUUCAUUGUAGUACAAAAAAGGCAUCACACAAGACUUUUCUGUUCGGACAAAAAGGAACAGAGCGGCAAGAGUGGUAACAUUCCUGCAGGAACAACUGUCGAUGUCGGUAUUACGCAUCCAACAGAAUUUGAUUUUUACCUUUGUAGUCACCAAGGUAUCCAGGGUACAUCAAGGCCGUCACAUUACCAUGUCUUAUGGGAUGAUUCCCAUUUAGACUCUGAUGAGUUACAAUGUUUGACAUAUCAGUUAUGUCAUACUUACGUUAGAUGUACUAGAUCAGUAUCAAUUCCCGCACCUGCUUAUUACGCACACUUGGUAGCGUUUAGAGCACGUUAUCAUCUGGUGGAAAAGGAACACGACAGAGAGAGUGUUUGUUGCAGCGGUGAAGGGUCUCAUCAGUCAGGUUCAUCGGAAGACAGAACGCCAGGUGCGAUGGCGAGAGCCAUAACGGUACACGCAGAUACCAAAAAAGUUAUGUAUUUUGCCUAGAGAGGUGAUCCAUGCCAAAUUUUCGAAUAGUGUAAUUUAUGUAUUCAAACCACAUUGAAUUGAUUUUUUUUACCAAAUCGUAUUGUAUGUAUUAAGUGUGGUAAUCAAACGGAGCGUUACAAAUAUUUACGUAAUAUUUAUAUAUUUCUUUUUUCAUCUUUGUUUCAACUUCCAUCUAAUUAAUAGUGUUCCAAAUUUACUCCAUAAGUUUUCAAAUUUUGAUUAUAUUCAUUAUUUAUAUAUAUUUAUCUAAAAUUGUGAGAGAAUAGAGCAGUAACUUGAAGUGCUGUUUUAUCAUUUUAACUAUAUCAGAUGUACCAUACUUUGACCUAUUACCUUUGAUCCAACCAGUGACAAUAGAUUUCAAAUUCACUGGUUAACACAAUAUUUAUUCAAGAAAUGAGCCCAAAUUAAACACCAAGAUUGGAUCACUUUUUUAUCAUUUUAUUCAAAGGUAAUAAAUGUCAAGAAUUUAUGGAGUAUUUGGUACGUAUCUGAAAUUUGAAACAAAUGUCAAGCUUUUUUUAUAAUUAAAUUUGGAACACUUUCUAUCUACUUAUAGAAUUGUGUUGAUGUAAUUGAUUUUGCUAAUGCAGCACUAAACAGCAGCUUGUUAAUCAAGGGCAAUCUUUAAUCGAACAAAUAAGAAAAUAUAUAUACAAUGUGAUUUUUCUAUCACUUCCUCAUUUUUAAUAAAUACUUUCUAAUUUGUUAGAUUAAUAGUUGUAUGUGUGCGCUUACAUUCACCGAAUGUAUUUUAUAAAUAUUAUGGAUUCACCUAUGAUUUUUUUCCUUUUUACAUGUUUAUAUAUCAUGUAUAUUCCAGUAAUACCAAAGCUGUUGGUAACUCUUGUUUUUACCAAAAAACCUGGUGUGAAAACAUUUCAAUCGUUAAUUGUUCAAUUAUAUUUAUAAUUAGGAUUAAUAUUUUUUUCUAGGUCCAAUCGCUCUAGAAUUGAUAAUACUUUUCACAUCUCAGCAUUAAAGAAAAAAAUUGCUUUUAUUAUAAGUUUCCAAAAUACAGCACAGUUUUAUUAAAUAUACUAAAUUACCAUUUUUGGUAGCAAUUUAAAUCGUUCCAAAAGAUCUACUUUGUAAUUAUUUCACUGUACAUGUCGAAAUUAAAAAAAUUCGUUGAAUAUAGGAAUUUCCUUCCAUAACUUCACAAUAAUUGUCUAAAAUUAUCUUAUUCAAACCGCUUCAAAAAAAAAUUUGUUAAAUAUACAGCUCUUUUGAAAAAACUUCUAGGAAUCUUACAAUUUUAGUCAAAUUUCAAGAGAAACACUAAUUUGUUUGUAGUUCAGAAAACCAGAAGUAAGAAAUAAAAUCUUCAAUAAUUUAAUAGGUGUACUUGUAGAAGCGCUUGAUCUUUAACUCUAACCAAAUGACUUUCAUCUCUGUUUGAAUUUUCAUCUCCAUCAGAGUAUAAAGAUUCUCUUAGUCUUGAUGUCUAAAAUUGUCCGAUGUCCGAUAAGAAUCAAUUUCCGAUCGCUCAACUUUUGUGUUUCCUCCUUAACUCAUUUAUAUUUACUGAUUGAUAUAAGUCGCUUUAGCAAAAGUUUUUUUUUUGUGAAAAAUUCUAGAUCGAUUGGUCUAUGCGAGCUAUCUCUUAAUACACUCAACAAUAAUUCCAAAACGGCAGGUGAACUGCUUGUCAAAUGAAGCUUUAAACUUAGUUAAGUCUUUCAAGUUACUUCUGCAAACAGAAACUUGGUAAUGGGCUCUUUGGAUGUCAAAAAUAAUUAACAGGGUGCCGUAAAAAGACUGGGGGGUUGAAGAAAGCACAAAAUAUUAUUUAUUAAAGAUUAGCUAUCGGGCAGCUAUGAAAAUCGUGAACCAAUAAUGUGCCUUUUUAAAAAAUACUUAGCAAAGGGAAAAAACAAACUAAAUUUUUUAGUUACUCGAUUUACUUUUUUGGAAAAUUCCAGUACCUCAUUUAAUCAUAACAAAUUUUAUUUGUUCUUGCGAUUACCAAAUACUGUUUGUAGAUUUUAACAUUGUUGCAGCCAAUCAUAAGCUGUUAUAGCAUAGGUUAUAAUAUUCGUGUGUAAAUUUUAUUCCAAGAAAAAAAUUCUCCUAUAAAUAUUAACCACGAUCACAAAAUAAUAUCGAAGUUAAAUACCUAUUUUUUAGUGACAUGACAAUGAAUAAAUUAUAAAAUGAUACAUUUCCAUAGAACGUGUUCAUUAUUACAUAUAUAUGACUAUACAUUCCCCAUGACAACUGUAUGUAGUCUCAACCUCUCUUUAAUCCUUUUAUUGUAUAGGAAUCAAUCAUUUAUCUAUAUCCUAAUUUGGAUUAGCUCUUUUUGCUAUUAUCUGCCACAACCAUUUGUGUUUUACUUUCUUCUUUGUAUUUGUUUUUUACGCUGGUGUUAAUUCUGUUAUUUCAAUAGUGUAUUCUCUUUACUUUUCAUAUAUGCCCAAUAUGAGUAUUUUUAUGAACUUCCGCUGCAUGAUUUGUUGCACAUGUUUAUAAUUCAUUAUUCACAUUUCUCCCUCUCCUGAUUUUGCCAGUAGUACGUACAUCUUUCUCUCGAAUGUACUUAAUUUGUUUUCUUUUUCUUGUUGGAUUUGAAAUCUCAGCGCUAUAAGUCACCACUACUUUAUAUACUUCUGUUUUUUUUGUGCCAACUUUUUUUUUCGUAUUUUGCAUGUUUUAUUCGUAUAUGAAUUCUAUCGUUAUUUCAUUUUUAAAAGAUUCCUAUAUACUUGAAACUUUCUCUUGAUAAAAUCGUUUCUUAUGUAACUCUUAAUUCUGAAUAACUCUUUUCAGCUUAAAGGGGACUUCAUACGCUUCGAUAAAUGAAAACAAUGUGAUUAGCCGAUUUAUUUCUCCAACAAAUCGUAAGUCUCGAGCUCUGUUUACACGCUACGAUGAAUUGUAAUGAUUUUUUGUCACUUUCAACUUUCAAAAGUUCUUUCUUAUACACUGUAACGCAUUAUUUUUUUUCACAACAGUGUUUCAAUCUCCCGACUGAUCAAACUCCUUGAACAUUUUAACUAGACCAAUAGGUCUUUUUUAUUCCUUCCGGAGUAUUCUUCGAUCUUAACGAGCCACAAACAUGUAAAACUUCUAUAGAGCUCAUAAAAUCUCGAGAAGUUUUUCUGCUUGCAUUACAACAACAGUGUCACAACGAUAAAUUGUAACAAUCUUUCACAACGAUAAAUUGUAACAAUCUUAUCUUUACGCUAAGUUGCUGCAGCUUAUCAUAGCGUGUAAAGCCUCCUUUAAACACCAAAGUGUUAAAAAUGUCUUUGACCUGUUUUUUUAUUAGCUACAAUUUGUAUCAGUUUUGUUAUUGUGGCUCCUUUUAAACCAUUAACUCAGAUCUAAUGGUACAUUAAAAGAGUUAUAUUCAUUUUUAAAUUCAUAUUCUUUUGCUUACCCUUCCUUCCACUUUUUUUCAUUAGUUUUCUAUUGAUUUCUGGAGCCCCUUUUAUUAAGAAAAUUUUAGUUAUUGCCAAAUAUGGUAACUAUUAAAACUGCCCCGUAGGAAGAUUUUUGAAAACAUUGAGAAGUAACUCAGGUAUUCAUUUAAAGAACUUGGUAUUCUACCAUUUCAUAAUUUAAAAACUUUUCAGUCUAAACAAAAAUUACUUGUCAACUUUGAUAGGCUUCUCAUAAGAAAAAUAUUGGAGAAAAUUUAAUGUACUAUUAAAUGGGUAUUUUAUUUUGUUCUGUAUAGUCUCAAAAUCUGGUCAUUAUUUAUGGGGAUGGUUACGUUUUUCUAAUAGAAAAUUGUGUGCAGUUGUUGAUUGAUGUAUAUUUCUUUUUAAGUGACAACAAAUCUUAGUCCCUAAUAUCAAAUAAUGAUGAAUAUUUGGUGCUUACACAUUACUUGAGGUAAUUCUCGAAAGAGUCAUUCAAAUUUAUUAAGAAAAUCUCGAUAUUACAUAUUAUUUAUUCAUAUCGUUAUCAAUUCAAGUACUUUGAAAGAAAAAAAAUAAUUAAACAAUAACUGUUAGUAAUAGAGAAAAAAUAUACAGAAUCUUUCCUGGAUUUUAUUACAAAUUAACGCGGACCUAAAUAACUUGAGAUUGUCUAUAUUUUUGUACUAAACCGAAUUUAUAUUUUUAAAAAAGUAUACAAAUUUAGAUUUAUCUAAAGUCUGUCUUACAAAUUUUAUGAGAGCUAACUGUAGACGGCUUUUUUCUUUAUUAUUUACACAAAAAUUUUACCUACAACAAAAAAAAUUAAACUAAAUCUACUGUUGGUUCUUUCCUUAUUAUUAGAAGACAAACAUUUCGGGCUUUAAAAGUUACCAAAUCUUGGACGGAUUCAGUAUAUUUCAGACAGUCUAGACAAUAAUCAAACUAAAAAAGUUUAGACGACAUUCCAAAAGCACAAUAAAAGCAGAAAUGUUUUUUCUCUAUAUAUUAUCUCAAUCCUUAUAAAUUGACUUUGUAAAUUGAUCUCAUCAACUUUUAUAUCAAAGACAGGUAGAUCUCACAACAUUAUCUGAUUGCGAUGUUGCAUCAAUGCAUAUUCGUUUACUAAAUAUCAACCUUCAAAAUUACACACAAACAAUAAAUUUUGAAUUUAAAAUAAUCACGUGAAAUAUAAAGCAACAGUAAUUAGGUUUAAAACUUACCUGUUUUCUUAGUUUGAAGUUAGCACCAACAUUUACAAAUUAAAAUCUCAAAAUACAAAAGUUAUGACCUAUGACAAAUGGUAUUCUUUGAAUAUUAAAAAUUCAAACUAAUCAUCUAUUUUUAUGGGACUUUAUGGGAAGUCUAAGGUCUAUUAUAUUCCUUUUUAUCUCUAGCUCGCCUACCAUUUCUAAAUAUCCAAUAAACGCCAGUAUAAGUGCUGUCAAAAACGUUGUUUAUGUGUACUUGCAAUGGUGAGGAACUUUACAAUUAGACUGCUUCUUCCUCACAUCACUUAAAUUGUCAGUUACUGCUAGAUCAUCAUAAAUUCAGUGAGAAUUUUCAGAUUUCAAAUCAUAUAUUCGAUAGACUUAACAAUAUUCAAGUUUCAAAUUCUCUUCACUUCUAAAAGUCUUUUAGGUGCAUGCUACCGUAAAUGUAUUUCCAGAUCAAAUUUGAACCAAUGAUGUAGGAGAUGCUUUGAUAAUAGUAUGACCUUCAAUAUGGCAUAUUUCUAGGUUUAUUCCUACACAUUUUUCAAUGUAUUCAAGUAUUUAUACUGGAAAGUUAUUCUUCCUUAAAAGUAAGUACGAAUAAACAUAUAAAGAAUAUUGAUUAAGAGUUUGAAUUAGAAAUCUGACGUUAUAGUUCAAAAAUCAACUAUUUUUUAGUGCUCAUUGAUACCUGUUACCUUCCUCUGAUAAUAAUUAAACUGCGGCUCAGUGAAAAUAUAUGAUGAUGAGAAAUUUUCACUCAAGUUGGAAUUUCUGAAGUCUUUAAUGAUAUUCGUUCCCUACCACAACACCAUUACAUUGUCUGAUGCAAGUUAUCGUCUUGAGAUUAUUGAGAUAAUUAUUAAAAGCACGUUUGUCUUUGUAAUAUAUGUUUCAAUAUGCUUAUAACUGUGAUAAUAUAUAUUGAAAAAACAUUUUCUGUUAACUUUAAUAAACCACAUUGUACUAUAACUGUUGUAAAGUGGAUCUUAAUAUUUAUUGUAUUAAGUUUAGAAAGGCAUACCUACCUAAAUAACAAAGAUGUUAGUAUAUAGGCGUCCUUGGUCGAUGACGUCGUGUUAACAUUUUAAAAGAUAAAAUGAAAUUCAUUUUUUUAGUCAGUACGUAGUUGAUGAAUUCCAUUUUUUAAAAGAAUGAUAGCACGCGAAUUACUUUAUUAUAAGAUUUUACUAUUACAAAUUUAUCGAAUUUAUUUUUCGAUUGCAACAAAUUUUUUCAUGGGUUGAGAAAAAUGGGACGUCGAUUUUGUAAAUUAAAUUGUUGCUAAUGAGCGCAGUGAACUUCAAAGUAUCAUGCAUUAUCGAUUAAAUUAUUUAUUUUUAAAAAUAUUACUAAACAAAAUUUCUAUCAAAAUAAAUUGAAAAUAUUCUGGAUAUGCACCGUUAAAGGGGUUUUGUUCAAUAUAUUAUCUAGUACAAAAUUAACCCACAGAUACUCUAGCAACCGUGAUGCAAAGAUUUUAAACAACUUUGAAGUCAGUUUGUUGAUUAUAUAAUCUGUGCAACUUCUUAUUCAGUCUUAAUGCGAAGUGGAUAAAGAAGGUAUUUCCAAGUUGCCUGUAAUCUCUGGUUAUUGUCUCUUAUGUUCAAACAGUUUGGACGUUUAUAAAUGAUCUGAUCAAUAUGAAAAGUAUAAACAGAUGAUCUUACAGUAAGUUUCAUUAUUAUUUUUUGGCUUCGCAUAGUUCUCUAAAGGGUUGGAAAAUAUAUAAUUGUGAAGUUCACUGUACUUUUUAAGCCUUUUUGUGGAGAAAUGGAUAAAGUUUAAUCCUUAUAUCGACAGCCUAUUUUCAUAAUCUGUCAAUAUUGAUGCGAUACUGGUUUAUAUAAUCAAGUGUGAUGUUGCCAAAUAAUAUUAAAAAUCAUUGUGAGGGAACAUUUGUGUAGAAAUUUUCACACUUAUUCCGUCGAAAUACGCUUAAUUACACCUAAAAUGGGGAUAGGGUGAUGAAUUGUUCUUGAAUGAUCUCGAAUCUUAUAAUUUUCCUCUAUCUCACAAAAUUCUCUAUGAUAUUUAUGCAAUUUUUUAUUGUUUUUUUUGUGACCGUCAUUGACAUAGGAUAUGAAUAAUGCCGAGAAUGUAUCUAGUUUUUAAGAAAAAAAAAAAUAAGCCGGGAUAACCUUAUGUGGAGGAAAAAAAACGGAAAAAUUUUACGUAUCAUAAGCAUAUUAGAUAAUAAUAUUUUAGCAAUGCGAUGGUAAUUUAAAUGGAUUUUUUAAAUUGAAUUUUCGAGUUACACUUGUUAUGUCAUUUUUCAUUUUAAUGAUGUUUCAUUAAAUUUUUUUUAUGAAAUCAACAUCAAAACAUCCACAUACAUCUAUUAUCGUUUAUGGUAUUAAUUUUCUAAAUAUCACUUUUUACACAUAUUUUUUAUUAUAUACAAUUUACAUAUAAUUAUUAUGUAAUUGAUAACUUUUUAUUAUAUUCAGUUAUAUACACAAUUGCAACUAUAAUAAGAAUAAAAUUAUUUUUUAUUUUAAUUUUCCCCCUGAAGAGUACAAAAAUGUGUUAGUUGUUUGAAUGUUUUCUCAACUAUUUAUGUUUUUACCAACGUUCGAAUACCUACAAAAUCAAAUAACCGACGUAUUCUUUCUUGGUCAAACAGAACGAUGUCUGCUAACCAAGACGAUCUGAGUUCAAUCUCUAAUCAGUUCAACAUCGAAAAGAAAAAAUCAGAAAGUAAGGCAAUCACCGACAGUAUUGCAGGCUAUUUCCCAUCACGCAUAAGCAGAAGGAUAACCACAUAGUAGUUAGCCAAUACUAGAGAAGAUACAUGAGAAUAAAAUAGAACAAGCCUUCUUCUCAUACCACGCGAUACACUUGAAAUGUGUUUCUAUUCGUCGUUCUCAUCUUAAUAUCUAUGUGGUUACCAUAAAGUAAUCCAGAAAACUUGUUCAUAAAUAAAUAAGUACGUCAAAGUUUUGAUAAGUCAAAAUGUGUGGGUUUAAAUUAAUUUGCUGAUUCUGUGAAAUUAUAUAUUCUCCUUAUUUUCUUGAUAAUCUAGUCAACAAGUUGAUUUUUUUUAUAGUGUAAUCCAGUGAGGAAAUGGAUUUAUGAACAUUUCUAUCUUUCUACAAAAAAAAAAAUAUCUGAAAUGUGCUAUUACGAGUCCAAUUUAUAAAACUAGUCAAUGUUUUUGUUUUCAUUUUUUAAUUAUAAUUUUGAAAAGUGACGAAACAAAUACGCUCAAAUGAUUCCCGAUGCCCUUUAAAACCAAACCAAACGAAUUGCCAUUAUUAGAUAUAAGUUUUUAAUUUUUUUGAAAAAUCCAUUUAUUACAUUCGACUUGCGAUAGUAACAAACAAUUGUAAUUAGACCUUUAUAAAAUUAUUAUAAUUUCAUUUAUUAAAAACACCUGUACAUUAUUCUGUCGAGCAUGAAAUUUAGCUGCAGAAUUUCUACAGUAUGUAGAGUAGACGUAAACGAACUAUGAUUAUAAGUGUAUGUAAAAAUACCAGUAGCGAAACGUUUAAUUAAGAUAAAAUAUACAUAAGGACCAAUAAUACCAAAAGUAAAUAAAAGUAGGAUAGUUGUUUUUAGUUUACCGCCCAAACCAAUUUCCAAAUCAAUUCAAGUGUCCAGGAAACUUUUUUUUUUACUAUAUUCGUUGUUUCAUGCAAAUGAAACAUAACAAAUAUUUUUAAAGAUUGGAAAUUGAAUAUUUUUCAAAAAUAGGGUGAAUGAAACAGGUAAAUUUCUAGUCAAAAUUAAUUGGAACCGUUAACAUUUUUAAUACGCUUUUAUUAGCUUUACCUGUAUGUGGGUUUGUUUGUAACUGUUCUUUGAACUAAGAGUAAUUGGCUUAUUACCGUUAGUAUAUCUCACCACUUUAAUUGCGUCAUCCGUGUAUCUUCUGUUGGAGAUUUACAAUACUAAUGACUAGAUCUUGAAGAAAUAUUUUAUUUUUGAUUAUAAGUCAAACUAAAUAGUGGAAAAUAAAUAUGGUUUAAGGGGAUAUUCUGAUCUAGAACCCUAAAUUUAAGGCAUUUUUGAAAAUAACGUGAAAAAAAUUAGAAACAUUUUUACUAUCCAUUUUUUUAUAUGAUAUGUAUUGACUUGAGAAUAUAAAAAAAAUGUAUAAGAAAAUCAGAAUUUCAAUAAAUUACAGGCCAGUAAAAUGAGGGCUACAAAACAACGGUGCACCCUUGACAUGAUUCCAGCUCUUGUAGUGAUCUGGAAUGAAAAAAAUUGAAAAGUUCUUAAUCUGUAAGGAUGUAGCUAUCGCAUUUACCUUAGCAAAAAAAUCACAAAAUGGCGUCGAUAUGAAAUAUCAUUUAUUUUUUGGCCAUUUCGAAUUUUUAAAAAAUAUUCCAACUUGAGAUAUCAUGUCAACCACUUUUCCAGUAGAAUAACUUCAAAUUACUGCAACUCUAGACUUGUUCGAUUUGUUUAACAAAUAUAUUUUGUUGGAUUCAUAUAUUUAUGACAAUCUGUAAACUAUUUUAAAAUAAUAUAUAUGAUUGUACAAAUUAUUUUACAAUUGUUUGUUACUAUAAAUUUAGUAUAGGAAAUAUUUUUGCCAACUAUUUUAGCUAGUUGUUAUUAAGUGGUAUUAUGUUUUUAUUAUUAAUUUUUGUUACGGUACACUCCAUAAGUUGGUGCAAAAAAAUAUAAAAAGAUUCGCAAACAUAGGUUAGAAAUAUAUUUAGUCGUCUUUUCUGCAUAUCAUAAAAUAAAACGGGGUAAUUUUAAUAAUUUCAUUGGUAUCCUAGUUUGCUGCUUGUGUUUUCGAAUUACUUUUUUACUCUUAGAAAUCAAUUAAUAUUGAGAAUAUUUAUAUUAGAUUUUUUGUUAGGGCUUUAUAAUUCAAGAUUGUAUUUUAAUUAAAUUAUUAAUUAGUUAUCCGUUA